CGAUUGUGCUUCGUACCGUUCGGUUCAGUGUUUGCGUUCAAGAGUCAAGUUCAAUGUAAGUUGCCAGCUCCCUUUGCAAGUAGUGUGUGCGCGUACCUAAAGGGUGGUGUAAAUUCCGGUUCCUUUUACACCGUUUGAGUAGAGGUUUAUUUACGCGUAGCUAGCCCUUGUCAGUGUAACGUACGCAAAGUACUCAGUUUAAAAAUAGAUCUGUGUGAUGAUUGAAUCGUUGUACAAACGGAUAUCAUGCACUUUUUUACGUCACACUGCUAACAAGAGUGAAUAUAUGCUCCAUUUGUUAAUGCUGCUUCCACUUUGGCCAGUUUUCUUCCCUGGCGUACAUUUCUUUUCCAGCGUAAACACAUCUACAGUAGCUACGAUGACUUUGUUGAUUGUGCAUUGAUAUGCAAACAAAAAACAAACGCAGCCACAUAGAGUUGAUGUAUAAUUGGGUGGUACCGGUGUUUUGGAAGAUUACAAAGCCACACAACAUCGCCACAUGAACGUGUGUGCUGGGAUGGUUGGGGGUAUCCAUUAUUCAAAGCCGAUUCCUUCGUUGCGCAUCACAUCCGGCCCGCUUUUGCGUAUGCUCUGUGAAUAUGUGUCGUCUGCUGUGUGAUCGUGUUCUCUGCUGUCAUCUUAAAGAACUGAUGGAUAACCGACGACAUACGACUGGAUACGAGAUAGUGUGUGCUCGGUUGCUUUUUUAAAACGUUUCGAUUUACUAUUGACAGUUCUAUAACAACCUUUAGCUGUUGCGCUUGUGUGUUAGCAUAAAGCGGCUGCGCUUUUGCAGCAUGUAGAAAAGACAGCGUGGAAAGUUAGCGCGCGAGUGAUGACGUGUUAGAACCAAAACGCUUUUAAGAAAUCCAUCACAAUCUUUUUUUUGCUUAUCAACACGGUUAAGUACACGGUGUCCACCUGAUAAGAAGUGCUCGACCGAUAAGCAGGUGCAGUGUGCGCCUUAUUAUAUCAUGUUUAUCGCUGUUAAGUGUGAAUUGUAAAGCGGCAAACAGCGUGAUAAUGUGCUAAUGUCAUGCUUACCUCCACCAUCGCAACGUCAAUAGUACGAACGUUUUCUUAAGGCAUAACAUAAGUCAAUAAUGAAGUAUAAAUGAAUGAUCUCGAAGGGUACAGUUUCUCUUACAUGGUACAGGGUGGACAAAUGUGUGCAAGAGAUUUUGUGACUUGUGGGGUGUUUGGUGCUAGCGCCAUACCUGCAGGAGAAGAGAGAAGGAAUAAAACGAUUUUAGUAUACAGGCAUGAGUAAUAAAGUCGUGUGCGAAUAUUAAUGGGAGCAAGUAAACUAAGUUUUAAUAUAUAUCUGCAGCAGUCUGAAGAUUGUUCCUUAGAUACGACCCGGAACGCUACCGCCAGCGCAACGUUGUUAAGGUAACUCUUACAACCGGAAGACUAUGGAGGCCUUAAUGGGAGGCCAGUGCGCCGCACAGAGCGUCGGACCGGCGAAUCAGCUGUUUGGGCUGCUGGUGCAAACAAUCCUGGCGGCACAGUGUGCGAUUUCCCCACCGGAUAUGUGGCCGAAGGACUACGGCCCGACAGCACUGCAGCGCGGAUUGGAUGAGUACGAUUUCGUGAUCGUCGGUGCCGGUUCCGCCGGGUCAGUUGUUGCCAAUCGACUGUCCGAAAACCCGGAUUGGAAGGUGCUGCUGCUAGAGGCGGGCGGGGAUCCACCGAUCGAGUCUGAGAUUCCCGAAACAUUCUUCACCAUACAAAAAACCGACGCCGAUUGGGAAAAUUACGUCGAACCGACGCCACACGCUAGCAAGGGCUCGAAAGACGGCGCCUUUUGGCCGCGGGGUCGUACGCUCGGUGGCUGUGGUGCCAUCAAUGCGAUGUUGUAUGUGCGCGGCAAUUCCCGCGAUUACGACGGCUGGGCUGAGCUGGGCAAUCCAAACUGGGGAUGGAGCGAUGUGCUACCGUACUUUAAGAAAAGCGAAGACAACCACGACUCAGAGCUGUUGCGUCGCGAUGGCGGCAAGUAUCAUGCUGCUGGCGGGUAUCUCAAAGUCGGUAACUUCCCGGUAAAUCAUCCGCUAGCCGAAGUAAUGCUGCAAGCGUUCAAGGACGCAGGAUUUGAGAGUACUGCCGACAUUAACGGAGCACGGCAGGUUGGUUUCGGACGGGCACAGGGUACGAUUGUGAACGGUACGCGCUGUAGCCCGGCUAAGGCAUUCCUGGUGCCUGUGAAAGACCGUCCCAAUUUGCACAUUAUCAAGCACGCGGUCGUGGUUACGGUCGAGCGCGAUCCAUCGACUGAACGGUUCAAGUAUGUGAACUUUAUGAUCGAUAAUAAGGUGUUGAAGGUGGCUCAUGCACGCAAAGAAGUGAUCCUUGCAGCCGGUGCAAUUAAUACACCACACAUCCUACAGCUGUCCGGCAUUGGGCCGAAGGCUCUGUUGGAAAAGGUAAACAUUCCUUUGGUUGCUGAUCUGCCGGUGGGAGAAAAUCUGCAGGAUCAUCUGUUCGUGCCGCUGCUCUUUAAAAUGCACAAAUCAACUGCCGAAAAUUACAACAUACAGCAGGAAUUGGCGAAGAAUCUGUUCCAGUACAUUAUGACGCGCUCCGGGCCGAUGGCUGGACAUGGUGUGACGAGUGUAAUCGGAUUUAUCAACACACUUGAUGCAUCCAGCCCUUUCGCAGACAUUGAGUAUCACUUCUUCCAGUUCGAGAAGGGCUCUGGGAAGUCAGUUUUGUUCUGCGAUAAGGUUGGCUACACCCAGGAGAUAUCGCAGUCGAUGCUAGAAGCGGCUACGGAGGCCGACGUGGUGAUGGUUAUCGUGGUGUUGCUCAACCCUAAAUCGAAAGGACGCGUAACGCUUGCUACCGAGGACUUUAAUGAGUUCAAUCCGCCGCGCAUUCAAAGCGGCUAUCUGGAGGCAAAGGAAGACGUAGAGGCUGUUUUGCGUGGAAUUCGUUACAUCAAUAAGAUUGUCGACACACCGACGUUCCGUGAGCAUGAGGGAGAACUGCACCGCAUGAAGCUGUCCGAGUGUGAUGAACUGGUGUACGAUAGUGAUGAUUACUGGGAGUGCUAUGCACGCUAUACGACCCUUACGUUGUAUCAUCCAGUGGGAACGGCUAAGAUGGGUCCUGACAGUGACAAAGAAGCAGUCGUCGAUGCAAGGCUGCGUGUAAAGGGUGUUGAAGGACUGCGCGUGGUCGAUGGUAGCAUUAUGCCGAACAUUGUGUCGGGAAAUACUAACGCACCGAUUAUGAUGAUCGGCGAAAAGGCUUCGGACAUGAUUAAGGAAGAUUGGGGUGAGGGGCCAAACCAUACUGAGCUUUAAGCGACCACAUUGUGUUUUGUAUGCUUUUCAAUAAAUGUUCAUCUCAUUGAUUCCA